UCUCUGCUUCGCCCGUGACCUUAUUGCUUAUAAAAGCACUCGUUUUCUAAAACAUCAAUACACAAAGUAUCUUUAUCACUCAAGUACGGUUUCGUGUGAAAAUAUUUAUAAUGGCUAAGAUUUUGAUUGUUGCGUUGGCGUUGAUCGCCGUUGCAGUCGCAGCACCAGGUUACGGUGGACAAAACUACGACAGCGGAUAUGGACAAGGCGGACACGGUGGUGGUUAUGGCGGACAAGGCCACGAUAGUGGCUUCGGACAAGGAGGCCACGGGGGUGGUUUUGGCGGACAAGGCCAAGAUAGUGGUUUCGGACAAGGAGGCCAUGGUGGCGGUUUCGGUGGACAAGGCCAAGAUAGUGGCUUCGGACAAGGAGGCCACGGGGGCGGUUUCGGCGGACAAGGCCAAGAUAGUGGUUUCGGACAAGGAGGCUACGGCGGCGGACAAGGUGGACGCGGAGGCCACGGUGGACACGGUGGUCACAGCGGACACUACUAAAGUAACGAGUAUUUAAUAGCUGUGAUGUAUUUUUAUGAAUAUUAUAAAUAAACAAGUCUUCCCUAUAAACAAUAAAUAAUUUGUUUUGAA